AUGUCAGGCCAAGGCGGUACGCAAUCUCCUCCUCUUCAGGGCCGUGAGAACGAUCCUAUGGGUCAGUCGGCUCCCGGCAAGUCGUCGAAGGCUAUCCCCGACGAGCAGCAGCGCGGGGGCGUGUUUGGCAAUGGCGAGAACAAGGGUGCCGAGAGUGGUGAGGCCGGCGACUCCAACAGCGGCGCGGGCGACCUUGGCGAGGCUGUCAGCAAUGCAAAGCACGCUUCUCAACACCAGCCUGGCAAGUAA